CAGUUCCAGGGGAGGGGACAGUGCAGGCUUUCCUCUUUCCCUUAGUGACAUCAUGGCAAAUUCCCAAACUUGAAAGGACUCAGCUCAGGUGACAUCCAUCUGGGCAGAGCCGGCCUGGGCCGGCCUGGGGGGCCUCAGUGCCAGCUGGAGGGGCUGGGUACUGUGCCCGGCUCGUCCAACGCUCUGGGGGCGGGGUUCUGCUCCGCCCUCCCUCGGCGCGGACUGUGCCCUCGGCGGGCACGCGGACCGGUAGGGUAGGGUAGGGCUGGGGCCGGGCUUCUCUGGGCCAAGGAUCAAGGUCCCUGGCUGGCGUAGGCCCCCAGGCAUUCCAGUCUUCCCUACGGGGACUCUAAAGAGGGCGUAGUAGAGCUUCAGCAGAGUGAGAAACCGCGCCACCUCAGUCAGAGGUGGGACCUAUCGUGACCCCGCCCUAGGGCGGAGUUAUCUGGACCUGAGACCCGCCCUCAACACUGAGGUCUCUCGGUAGCAAUAAUUCGGGGCGGAAGUUAGGAAGCCCCGAGAGCUAGGUGACGGAAGUGGCCGCCUUACUGCUUGUCGGCGCGCAUGCGUUAUUGUGUUCCACGGCUGCUGCUCUUCAGGCGCUCCGUUUUCUCCUCUCCUUUUCUCCACGCGAGGGGGUGCGCGUACUCUUAGCUGUGGCCGCGCGCUCAGCCCCUGUGCUACUGUCGUGGCCCUUUCACCAUGGCGGGCAUCCUUUUUGAAGAUAUUUUUGAUGUAAAAGACAUUGACCCGGAAGGCAAGAAGUUUGACCGAGUGUCUCGACUGCAUUGUGAGAGUGAGUCUUUCAAGAUGGACCUUAUCUUAGAUGUAAACAUUCAGAUCUACCCUGUAGACUUGGGUGACAAGUUCCGGUUGGUUAUAGCCAGUACCUUGUAUGAAGAUGGUACCCUGGAUGAUGGUGAAUACAACCCCACAGAUGACAGACCUUCCAGGGCUGACCAAUUUGAGUAUGUAAUGUAUGGGAAAGUGUACAGGAUUGAGGGAGAUGAGACUUCUACUGAAGCAGCAACACGUCUCUCUGCCUACGUGUCCUAUGGGGGCCUGCUCAUGAGGCUGCAGGGUGAUGCCAACAACCUGCAUGGAUUUGAAGUGGAUUCCAGAGUUUAUCUGCUGAUGAAGAAACUGGCCUUCUGAACCACCUGGGGAGCCAACCUUGCUGCCUAGUCACUCCAGUCAUGGAUAUUUGUUUAAGCCUGAGCAGCAGCGGCCGUUGUUCACCUGUUCAGGAGGGGCACUGUGGAUGCAUCGUUAGGUGGUCUGGACUCAAUGGGAAACUGACUUGCCUGUGAAAGACCUGGUGGGAGAGCUUAAAAUGAAUCAGAAGUUGUUUUGUAUAUAUGAUUUUUUAAAAUUAAACUUUACUUUUUCAGA